AUGGAAACUUCAGUGUCCUCUGGCUGUUCCUCCACUGAUUCUGGGAAGGAAGAAGCCGAGAGAGAGGACAAACACCUGUCUGCCUGGCAGCAUUCCUUGUCCGGGACUCACAGCCGCCAGCCGCCAUGUGUGACAGGAAGCAGGAGGGCCCUGGUGCCAGGGAGCCAGUGGGGCUCAGCUGGGCCAGGGGGCAGGUCCUGGGACGGCCGUGCCCGCAACGGCCCCCGCUCGGCAAGGCCUCCAGCCCUGCCCAUCAGCCAGGCGGGGACAGAGCAGCCCUUGGGGGCGAAGCUGCUGCCGGCUAAGAGCCCCGCAGAGGUGCUCAUGCCCGCUGCCAUUGGCUCUGUCCCUGCAGCAUGCGUGCUGUGUCGCCGUGCAGAGGCUGACCCGGACAUCUGUGGUGACAAACUGGAGAAGUGUGGGCUCUGUGCCCACUUUUUCUGCAUGUUUUUCUCCACUCUUCUAUUUCGCCAUGAGAGCAAUCGUGUGGGACAUGGCUUUCUCCCGCGAGACAUCCAAAUUGCCGUCUCGCGGGCGGCACACCAGCACUGCUGCAUCUGCGGCCAGAGCGGGGCAACCAUCAUGUGCUGCAAGGAGGACUGCGGGAGAUGGUUCCACCUGCCCUGUGCCAUGGAGGGCGGCUGUGUCAAUAUAUACAUUAGUCCAUACAGCUCCUUCUGCCCUGAGCACCGUCCAGAGCAGGAUGUGGAGGCGACUCCAGAGCCGGGCACCGAUUGCCUCAUCUGCAUGGAGCCUGUGGAGGAUAGAAAGACCUUCACAACCCUGGUGUGCCCAACGUGCAGAAGGGCCUGGUUCCACAGGGACUGCAUCCAGGGACAGGCCAUGCACGCUGGCCUCUUAUGCCUCCAGUGCCCCCUGUGCAGAGCAGGCCAGGAAUUCAUUGUUGAAAUGCUCGUCUUGGGGAUCCGAAUUCCCAUCAGCCGCCAGGGAUGA